UCUCUUGCCAUAUUUUGUGAUAUAUGUGUAUUUGUGAAUAUGUUUUUGCAAUUUUGCAUAUAUGGCUCUGUUUGGGGUUAGGGUUUAUUCUUAGAAACAUUCAUGGUUUUGACGUUCGUGAGAAUUCAGGAAGAGUUGCAGAGAACGAAUCUAGAGCUGGAUUCGUAUAAGGAGAAGAUAAAAGAGAAUCAGGAGAAGAUUAAAUUGAACAAGCAGUUGCCUUACCUGGUUGGCAACAUUGUCGAGUGUGCUGUUAACAGAAGGACUGCCAUGAGCAAUGUCAAAGAAGUAAAAGGAGUUGGCUGGGAUGUUUCUGCUAUAGGAAAUGCUGUCUGGGGUGGUGCCAAAUUGGCAGAUGUUCUUGAACUUGUUGGGAUAGCCAAGUGGACAAGUACCACAAAAUCAGGUGGAAAACAUGUUGAAUUUGUGAGCAUUGAUAAGUGUAAGGAGGAGAAUGGGGGCCCUUACAAGGCAUCAAUACCGCUGAAUCAUGCUACGAGUCCUGAAGCUGAUGUUUUACUUGCUUAUGAGAUGAAUGGGGAGAAAAGGCUUUUUAGAGCAGUAUUGAGUCAUUUCCAUGUGAACAGUAUCACAGCCUCUAAAGAGAGAUCAUGA